UGGGGGGCGCGUCGAGCGGGCCGCGGUGCCGAGCUCACACAGCUGCCCGGACUCCCCAGCGUGCGCGCCGGGUCGCCUGUGCCCGCCGCGCCCGUGGCGCCAUGGCAGCGGCCGCCCUUGCGCCCCGGACCUUGUUCCUGCUGCUCCCGCUGCUGCUGCGCGCCAGCCCCGUGCGCGCCGACGGCAAGGUGUUUGGGGAUGUGGACCAGGUGCGGAUGACCACGGAGGGCUCGGACUGUCGCUGCAAGUGCAUCAUGCGACCGCUGAGCAAAGACGCGUGCAGCCGGGUGCGCAGUGGGCGCGCGCGCGUCGAGGACUUCUACACGGUGGAGACGCUGAGCUCCGGCAGCGACUGCCGCUGCUCCUGCACAGCGCCGCCCUCCUCACUCAACCCCUGCGAAAACGAGCGGAAGAUGGAGAAGCUCAAGAGGCAGGCCCCUGAGCUCCUCAAGCUACAGUCCAUGGUGGAUCUCCUGGAGGGUGCCCUGUACAGCAUGGACCUGAUGAAGGUACACGCCUAUGUCCGCAAGGUGGCCUCACAGAUGAACACGCUGGAAGAGAGUAUCAAGGCCAACCUGAGCCGGGAGAAUGAGGUGGUAAAGGAGAGCAUGCGUCACCUCAGUGAGCAGCUGAAGCGCCAGGAGAACCACUCAGCCAUCAUGCUGAGCAUCCAGAAGGAGCUUUCCAGCCUGGGCCUGCAGCUGCUGCAGAAGGACGCAGCCCCUGAGGCCCCGGCCCUGGCCCCUGGCGGAAAGCUUCAGGGUGCAGAUGAAGGAAAAGGCAAGGAGAACAGCAGAUACAGCAGUACACAGAAGAGCUUUGCAGACAGGGGCCUGCCAAAGCCCUCCAAGGAGAAGCUGCUCAAGGCCGAGAGACUGCGGGAAAGCAGCAAGGGUCGGUUCCCACAGCCCACAGGCAAGCCCCGGGCCUUGGCCCAGCAGCAGGCCGUGAUCCGGGGCUUCACUUACUACAAGGCCGGCAGGCAGGAGACCACUGAAACUGCAGCCGACAAUGCCCUGAAGGGCACUUCCUGGCUGGCGGUGUCACCCAAGACGGAGGGCCAGUCCCCGGAGCCCAACUCAGCAGCGGAGCAGGACGAGGCUGAGCCCCAGCCCUCCGAGGGAGCAGGCCUGGCCCCUGGCAUGCCUUCUGCAGACCCCAGCACCCCGACCACCACCUUGGCUCCCAGCAGCACCACCCUACCCACUGAGCCGCCUGCACACUCUGAAGCCCCCAGCCGUGGCAAGGAGGCAAGCUGUGAGGGCACCCUCCGGGCCGUGGAUCCUCCCGUGAGGCACCACAGCUAUGGGCGCCACGAAGGAGCCUGGAUGAAGGACCCCACCGCUCAGGACGACAGGAUCUACGUCACCAACUACUACUACGGGAACAGCCUGGUGGAGUUCCGCAACCUGGACAACUUCAAGCAAGGCCGCUGGAGUAACAUGUACAAGCUGCCCUACAGCUGGAUCGGCACUGGCCACGUGGUGUACCAGGGUGCCUUCUACUACAACCGUGCCUUCACCAAGAACAUCAUCAAGUAUGACCUGCGCCAGCGCUUCGUGGCCUCCUGGGCACUGCUGCCCGACGCACUGUACGAAGGCACCACACCCUGGAAGUGGCGAGGCCACUCGGACAUCGACUUCGCCGUGGAUGAGAGCGGCCUGUGGGUCAUCUAUCCCGCCGUGGAUGACCGCGAUGAGGCCCAGCCCGAGGUGAUCGUGCUCAGCCGCCUGGAUCCCGGCGACCUGUCCGUGCACCGGGAAACCACGUGGAAGACACGACUGCGGCGUAACUCCUACGGGAACUGCUUCCUGGUGUGUGGCAUCCUGUACGCUGUGGACACGUACAACCAGCACGAGGGCCAGGUGGCCUACGCCUUCGACACACACACAGGAACCGACGCCCGACCCCAGCUGCCCUUCCGCAACGAGCAUGCCUAUACCACCCAGAUCGACUACAACCCCAAGGAGCGGCUGCUGUACGCCUGGGACAAUGGCCACCAGCUCACCUAUGCGCUCCACUUUGUGGUCUGAGUGGGGACAGCAGCAGGCAGGGAUGGGGCUCCCCACAGCCAUUCCUGCCAGGGACCCAGCCACCUGCUAUUUAUUCCAGGGAUGUGGAGUGGGGAGAGGCCCGUCUGGGGCUGGUGCCAGGCAUGGGUUGGAAGCCAGGCCUGCCUUCCUUGGCAGCCAGUGGUCAGUACUCACUCCCACCAGCUGAGCCCUGUACUCAACCCUUUCCAUACUCUUUCCCACUGAGUCCUCAGAACACCUCCCUUGGAGACAGAGAGCCUGAAGCCCAUUUAACAAAUGCAGAGACUGAGGCUCAGAAAGGAAACAACAUCCAUGGCUGAAACCCCUCAGUGGAGAUCAGGCUGGGGUGCUGUCACUACACUGCCCCUCCUGGGCCCGUGAGACUUCCCUGUGCUCCUCCCUUGUCACCCUGCUCAAAGCCAGAGGUCCUUGAGGGGCUGGGGGGAGUGUUUGGGAGACAGUGUCUAGCUCUUCCUGCCACUCCAGGCCUCUGUUCCGACUAAGCUGCUGGUGGCCCUGGCCUAGCAGCCCCUUGGCACGUGUCCCCUUCCCCACCCCGCCCACGGUCCAGCCCCAUUCCAAGCCGCCACCGUCACCUGGCUCCUGAGCAGAAAACACAGCCUGGAGAUCAUCUGGCCCAGUCCAGGGCCCUCCCUCCUUAGAUCAGGUUUCAUUCUUCAUCGGGCAGCAAAGGAGACCCAGCGCCUGCCCUGCUCCUCCGAGAGCCUUGGGCCAGGGUCCACCUUGCUCCUGGUCUCUGCGCCUUCCAGCCCCCCCAGCCUGUACAUACUCAGGGACACUUUCAGGUCUGCUGUGAGCAAUGCCUGGGGACGCUGGGGCAAAGAGAAUGGGCCACAAGAGACACAGGGCUGCCUCCGGGCUGCAGGCAGAACCAGGGGUAGCACUGGAGGGUUUCAGAUCAGACUUCCAAGUUGUUGGUGCCAGGGCCGCCCCAAGCCCGAGGCCUAGUGUGGGACAGGCAGGCCCCCUGGGCUAGGGCUGCUUACAACUCCUGGCCCCUGAGGCCCAGGCAGCCCAGGACCUUCCUGCCUGUCCUUCCUCUGUCCUGGUCAGGAUUUGGAGAGCUGGAAAGAGGUCCCCCAGGCCCAAUCCCCGGCUUACCCGAGAAGGUCUAGAAGCAGGCUCAGAGUCACCUAGGGGACAGAACAUGGGACAUGGCUGUCUCCCCACCUCCAGAGGACACUAUUACUGCUCUGUCCUCCCAGCAUGGGCUGGC